CCCCCCGCCCCCGGGACACGGGAGAGGCAAAAGAAUUUGGGGCGGUAGAAGAAGUAAUAAUAAGCCGGGAGAGGAGAGAGCAGCCAGGCGCCGGACUCUGUAAGCUGGAGACAAAGAGAGAGGACCACUUGUCUGCAGUUCAAUUAGUCUCUCUGAGCUUGAUGCGUUGCAACCACACAGGCGGGAUGCCUCGAGGAGACUUCAACAUUUACUUUGCCAGCAGUCGACGCGGACUUGUAAGAGCCGAGGAGGCAGUGGGCGUUGCUCUGCUGGUGAUCAUCCUGGCUGCUCUCAUCCUCCUGGGCUGCUGGUACUUUAAGAGGAGGGGUGGCUACAAGAAAAUCAGGAGUGCCAGGUCGGGGUCGCCGGGUUUCACAGGAGGUCAGUACUCGGAGGAAGGACCCUCUGCGGAAAACAAGAUGGCGCUCACCGACUUUGGCAGCCUGCGGUCUGUGAUGCCAAACGCUCCUCCCGCCUAUGAAAAGAUCUCCUCAGGCCCGAUGCCUCCUCCCUAUUCACCAUGAAAGGACACCCAAAAGAAGAGGGGCAACAUUGCAUGUUGCCUGAUGUUAAACUUGUACGUCUAAACUGCACAUAUGGUCUAAAAAAAAACGAUUAAAACACUACAACAAGGAGUCUGUGUAGAAGAAACCCCCCCCCAAAAAAAACAAGUAGGGGGUACAGAUGUUUAUUAUUAUUGAUUCCAUGCUUUGAUCACCACGUUAGUUCCAUGAAAAUGUACCUAUGUAGAAAAUACUCUAUAUGGUAGAAAAUAAAUAAAGAGUGAGUGCAAAACAUGUAGUACAAAUCCAACAGAUCUAGUAUUUACAUUUACUAAAAUGUAGUUUCCAAACUCUUAUGAACAGACUGAGUGUAUAAACAACUAUCACACAUUUAAUUGUAGCAUCCAAAUAA